AAACGUCAAAAUUAUAUUAUUAAAUUAACUGUCACUGUCAAAUUGUCAAUAUAUUGUAUCAACAUGGGGCCUGUUGGCGGUCGUAGAUCGCGAUUUUAAACCACAUAAUCUAUUGUGUUGUGUUACUAAUUUAUAUCUUCCCAAAGCGAAAAAUGUUUCUAAAAACUAAAAUUUUAAAAGCUAUUCCAUUUAAAAAUCCAGUGAGGUUGCCUCUUUCGUACUGGAUAUUGGUAUUUAUUCGUUUCGCCCUUACGGUCGCUCCUCAAUUAGGAUAUUUACAUCCCGACGAGUUCUUCCAAAAUGUGGAGGUCAUGGCAGGAGAUAUAUUCAACAUCGACGUCGCAAAAACUUGGGAGUUCAAUCCAAAAUUUCCGAUCAGAAACAUUUUUGUACCAAAAAUGAUUUUAGGGCCACCACUGUACUUCAUUCGCAUACUCAACCCUUACACUAAACAUUAUUUGGGUAUAAACUUACGAACACCUUACUAUUUACUUGUUAUCCCCCGUCUGUUUGUUUGUUUAUUAUCAUUUGUUAAUGAUUACAGUCUAUAUAGAAUAUGUGUCUUAUAUGGUCAAAAUUUUAGAAAUAGAUUGGUCAUAUUUGCAAGUUCAUAUAUUGUACUUGUUUAUUGUUGUAGAAGCUUUUCAAAUACUUUUGAAAUGGCAUUUUUUUCUAUCCUACUCCUUUUGGUAGCUGAAUGUAUGUUGAAAUCUGAUAAAAUAAUAUAUCAUGAUGAGUUUCUAAGAGAAAAGUAUGAUAAGGCAUCUACUCCAGUUGAGAAAGUCAAACUAUUUAAGUUGAAAAUGCAUUUACCGGAGCAUUCCUUGAAUCAUGUGUUUAUUCUAGCUACUCUGGUGGUUAUAGGAAUAUUUAACCGUCCAACAUUUGUAGGGUUUGCAUUUCCGCCUAUAUUCUUCUGGUUGCAUCGUGGCUUGGGGUCUAAAGUUGUUGGGUUCAAAGACUUUCAUGUUCGUAUAUUUACAUUUAUCCUCUGUGGGGUACCGACUGCUUUGCUUCUCAUACUGGUGGACUCUGGUUACUAUGGUUACUUGACGAUGGCUGAUGUGGAGUCUAUGAAGUGGACGUGGGAUAACUGGGUGGUGACACCGCUGAAUUUCCUGCGGUACAACUUGGACAUGAAGAACCUGACGCAGCAUGGGUUGCAUCCUCGCUGGCUGCACUUGGCGGUCAAUGUGCCACUGCUAUUUAGUGUGCUGGCAGCGAUGGCUUUCAUCACACUGUCAACUAACACAUACAGGUUCAUCCGUGGCCACUACAGAAAACUGCCCAGGAUCCAAAGCAUCACCGGUUUGAUGCUGUUCUCACUGGUGAUUCCAGUGGCGCUGCUUUCGCUCUUCCCUCACCAGGAGGCUCGCUUCAUUAUCCCAGCACUAGUACCGCUCGUCUACCUUUACGGGAACAGGCUACAUCCAAACGAGUCUGACCUACCCAAUAACAGAAAACUUAAAAAAAUACUCCUUAAUAUUUGGUUCAUACUAAAUGCCAGCCUCACUCUUUUUUAUGGCUUUAUACAUCAAGGCGGUAUCUAUUCCUUCGCUAAUACGCUACACAGAGAAAUCAAAGGCACGUACGGUACACACACAUACGUCAUAAGCACGCAUAGUUACAGCAUACCCUCCUAUUUGCUACAAUUAGAGAGCACGACGAAAUUGUAUAAAGACAGACACACCGGCCACAAAUACAGGCUCACUCCUUCGACUUUCCUGUACAAAUAUGGUUCUAUGCCUAUGGACGAACUCUUUACGAAAGUAGACGACGUUCUUACAAACGCCGAGAUGCUUUUACAUGAAUAUAAGAAGCAAUACAGAUUCUACGUGGCCACGCCCUGUUCUUUAGAGCUAGAAUUAGAAGAAGCAGCUAAGAAAUAUUAUUACUUUAAGUUGGUGGACGACUUCAGGUAUUAUCCCCAUUUUUGUACGGAAGCGGUCCCUAAGUUCCCAAGUCGCUACGACCAAUUCUGCGUUGAAAGAAAUCUCUUGAAGAAUGAAUCUCGAGCUGUAGAUCUGAAUAUGUUCCAGAGAAUCUCUUGUUAUCUUAAAAAGUUUUGUCUUAAGAUUUAUAGAGUUAAACCAGUUAGUAAAUAUGAUAAGAUUGAUAAGUAGGUAAUGUUUACUACUUAAUUAAUCUCAUUUCUUUGUCAAAUAUAAGAUACAUCACAUCUACAAUAUAAAUUAUACUGUACAAUCGAUUCUACUUGUUUAGACUUAAAUGGCGUUAAUACACAAUAAUAAUAUACAAUAUUUGGCAUUAUGUACAUAAUCUUCAUCUCAUCACACAUUCACAGUGUUGACCACAGUUUUAACUAAGAAUUUUUAAACUUCAUUACAACGAUAUAAGAACUAUAGAUGGUCAACUUAUAUUAUAGAUGCUUAAGAGUGUAUAUUACUGUUGGUACAUAUUGUACACUUACUUUGUUCAUACCUAUUGAGGAUUCAUUGUGUUGAUAACUUGGGGACAAAUGCACAUCUCUCGAGGUCAACACAAUGCAUACUCAAGAGCGACUUUACAAAAAAAUUCUUUGUUGUCAUACAUCACACAUGAUUCUUUGUCAAAUUUUUUAGAAUUAAUUUAUGUAACAAUUAUUUAAACAAAGCUUUAAUUAUUUCGUUCCAAAUGCUCAAUCUUAUUCUCUUAUUUUUAGAAAUUAGUUUUUAACAAUAAAUAAAAAACAUGAUGUAAUGAUGAAGUUCUAAACUUAUUAGAGGACUUAUUUUCGUAUAGCUAUUUAAGUGUGUAAGUAGGUAUUUUGUUUUUAUCUUUGAUUGUAAUUUAUUCUUAAUAUAUGCCCCAAUUCUGAAUAAAAUGAAUAGAUUUCACCGUGUGAGAGCAAUGGACUGCUUUGCUAUGAAAUAAACGCUGUUUGCAAGCAAAA